AUGUCAACCAGCGCACAGCAAGAGUCCACACGCCAAUCCGACUCCAAGGAUGCUGCGAUACCAGCGAGGGGCACGCCAGAAUACGAAGCGUACUACUAUCAGCAGAUAGAGGAAUCCGUACAUCGCACCGCUGCGAUAUACCCAGAGUCGUCGAUUGCCAAGGGCUGGCUCUCACUAAAUCCUAUCCAGCAGAGAAUCAUAGUAUCUAGCUUCUUGCCGGGAAGAGUUGGACACAACAAUAACGGUACUCUUCUCAUGUCGAGUGUUGGAUCGCACUCGGAAACGUCCAGCGGCAUUGGAGACCACGACGAGAGGAUCUCUAUUAAAAUCCGCCAUCCUCUACUCAACAAUAUCCAAGCAGAUGUCAUCGCCUCAAUAAAGGGACUAAGCAGUUUCUUUAGUUUUUCUGACAUUAGCUACUGUUGA